CACACCACCCGAGCCAAGCAAACCUGGUGACUCGAAGAACCGCCGCGAGCUCAGCUCAGCAUGCCGCGCCACCUCGCGCUGCACGCGAUCACCACCGCGCUGCCGGCGGCGGCCCCGGGCCAGCUCCUGGGCGCGGCGGCGGCGUUCCUGGCCGUGUGCGCGCUGGCGCUGGCGCUGUGCGCGUCGCACGCGGCGCCGGAGCGGCUGCGGCGCGCGCUGGCCAGCGUGAGCCGGCGGCGGACGGAGCCGGCCAUUGCCACCGUCCACCAGGUGCAGCCUGGCGAGGGCGUGGCGUCGCCGUGCGUCUGGCAGAAGGGCAUCCUCAUGGGCGGCAAGUGCCAGCUCCCAGACUUCUCCGGCGUCAUCAACUACGACCCCGCAGGCAACCUCGUCGCGCCCGGCCGCGCCGUGCCGGCGCUCGGCUGGUGAGGAGGUGGCAACGUGAGAUGCCAUCAUGUACGCUCGUGCGAUCAAGUAGUAUUCAUGAGAUUCGUGUGCUCCAUUUGCUUUUCGGAGUUUGGAUCCCUCAUUUCCUUGGUAACCUCCACGCAUUGGUGGCUAACUAUAAAGCUGCCAUCUGGAAUUCGUGUUCAAUGAGUUUUGACAUAUCUGGUGUAACACGUACAACCAAUGAAAAAAGA